ACUACCGUCACCUACACCGACACCACUCCGAACACGCAUCCUCUGCAACCCCCCGCCAUCACCCCUCGCCGUCUCUCUCUCACUGUCGAGCGCAUCUGCUGGUUGUCACCGAGGACUGGCGUCGGGUACGAAGGAAUGGGCGAGUGACGAGGACGCAGACAGCAUCCGAGAGCUGAGAUGGGCCAAGGAGCCUCACGACAAUCCGCUGAGCAGACGACGACCUCCACCGCCAGUGCCCAGCGGAGCACCGCAGAAGAGUCGGUCGACCAUGACGGUCUACUUCAGAACAUAUCCCGGCGACGGCGGCGGCGAGCGGAUACCAACCGCCUUUCUCAGUUGUUGCGCUCUGGCGACGACGACUCCGCCGAGAGCAUGCAAUCGCCGCUGCCAGCUGACUCGGCCAUCCAUGUGCCCAGUCGAAGUGGGACUCUAGCACGACGGACUCGUUCGCGUUUCCAUGAAAUGCUACAUCGGAACAGCAGCGCUGCUCCGCGCGACUUCUUCUCACAGACUUUCCACCGAGCGCAGUACACACGAAGCGUUGCUCAUGACAGCCAUCACGACAGCCACCACGACGAGCCUAACGAUUUCUUUGAGCCGCCCCGGCUGCCUUCCAUAGACACUUCUAUGACCUUCGAAGAUGAUGCGACGUUCGAACCACAUGUCGAGCCGGUGCCGUCGAGCAGCAGAAGCGAGGCGUCGUGGAAUCGUGUUCCUGGUCGACGCUUACACUUUCGACCGGACCGACCGCUACGACAGUUCACCUCCUCACUCCGACGACGCCGAUCACCCGGACCCCCCUCGUCCGUGUCAGGCAUGCGGCCAGGCCGGAGCGAAGAUCAGGCGGCGAUGCUCAGCAGGCUGCUGAGUGUGGCGGCUGCAGCUACGGCGGCAACACUCAUGGGCGAUGACCACAAUGCACUGCGCGAGGCAAGAAGCUUGACGGGAAGCACUGGGUUGGGCGAUCUAGGUGGCAACGGGGAAGAUGGCAGCUUCGACGGCUUCCUGCGCGCUCUACAGAAUGGCCGAAUAGCGUCUGCAUUGCGACAGGGUAGCGGAGAGGGUGACGGAGAGUCAGGUACUCCUGGAGCACCUCUCAACUUCUUCCGUAUGUUCCGGUUCGGUGCAUCCGAGCCUGCAGAACCAAUGGUGGGCGCCAACGGACAGCCUGGGGAGAGUGAAGGACGGAUGGUGCCAAUCAUCAUAGUAGGUAUUCGGUCGAUCUCUCCCAACUCCAGCUCAGGCACCGGCUCGCCGAGCGAGGAUCUGCCUCCAUUCAUCGAUGCGCUCGGCAACUUUCCAUCGCCUCUACCAGCACACGCGCUCGGCACACACGGCCACGACAGCAUUGACUCAAUACUACGGCCGCCGCAAAAUGGCACAUCCUUCAGGCACCGAAGAAGAGCCAGUAUGGGUGGCUUUGGCAUGGGUAGGAGUAGAUUGAGUGACAGAAUGGACGAUCAGCGAGAUCACCGCUCCCCCGACAGACUCGAGAGGAGAAGACAACGGCCGUGGAGUGUCGCAAGCUCGAGUUCAAAUAACCUGGAACCGAGACCACCGCCAGUCACCCCUGCAAGCGCCACUCCAGAGCUCAGCCGCAUGUCCAGCAGAAACAGCACUCCCAGUCGAUCAAGACCAACCUCACUCGUGGCCAAUAGCAUGCGAGAUUUCGAAAUGUCUUCUCGGCGAAACAGCACUUUGCACAGAUCCGUUGCGAGCCCGCUCAGCUCCCACACCGAAGAGACCUCUUCGAUACGCUCGACACACUCUGGCACAGGUCUCCUAGGCGAUUCCGAGCCAUAUCGGAUCCAUCGUCGAUCAGACACAGCACCGAACAUACACUACCCUCGGUUCGCCUCUGGCCAUCCCCGCCGCAAUGGGGUCGUCGAGCCGGACAACAUGCCAUCCCUCUCGCGUACAUCCACUGGUGGCUCUGAUGGGACCAAUGAACACCGUCACAGUAAUAGCGACUCUCGCAGCUGGAUCAUCUACGUCCUCGGCGGCUCCUACCCAGAAAAUCACCCCAUUCUCACCACACCUAGUCUCUUCACGGAAAACCCCACCUACGAGGACAUGAUGCUGCUCUCUGCCCUGCUCGGACCCGCCAAGGCGCCCGUUGCGACCGAGGACGAUGUCCAGAGCGCUGGAGGCGUCUACAACAUCGAGACUGCCGGCAUGCCGGAAGAUGCUGCCAAGACGGCACAGCUGGUUGCUACGGCUGUCGAAGGUGGUGAGCAGGUCAUGCUCGAUGCCGACCAGCGCUGCCUGGUUUGCUUGUGUGAUUUCGAACUCAAGGACGUUGCACGCAAACUGGUCAAGUGCAACCAUUUGUUUCACAAGGAGUGUAUUGACCAGUGGCUGACGACGGGUCGGAACUCGUGCCCGCUGUGUCGCGAGACGGGUGUCGAUGUGGUCAAGGGCGAGAUGGACAAUGAAGACGAAAUUUCUGCUUCGGCCACCGCAGGCCAGUCCACGUUGAGUGGUGAAGCUGCUGCUGGUGCGCAAGGAGUCCCAGAACUGGAUGGCUCCUAGGAUGAGCGCACUUUUACAGACCGGGGGCAACGAUUGAUGGCUUUGUGCGGCACCAUGCAUUUCGAAGAUACCCGAUGAUUCGCUAGAAUUGAGGAUACGAUGGAGAGGUGUCACAGACAGUUUUGUUCUGUUUUCUUUUCUUUUCUUUUCUUCUCCUUUUUCUCCCUUUCUUUCUUUCUGUUUUCCCCUUCUGGGAAUCACUGCAUGGCGUUGGACUUCGGAUGGACGGGGACAUGGUUACAGGGCGCAAAAUGGGUUAGCGAGACGUGUGUUUUCUCGCAGCCGGUCUGGGUGCGCUUUCAUGGCGGCCAACAUGGACCGGUAGGGUACAGGAGGGAGGCAGACUUCUAGUAUAAUAGCGGAGCGAGGUCCUACUCUUCCUCACGAUGUCACGAAAAAUGCUUCGAGAAUGGAGCUGCAUACAUAGCAUCGAGACGCAGCAUCGCGGACUAUUGCAUGCAUGACAUAAUGGCUUCUAUGCGAUCCCAAU